AUGGAAGUAACUCUAUCAAGGCACAUCUCGGGAUUAAUGUUCAUGCAGGAUGGGGAUUAUGACAACCCGACCCUUGAAUUCCAAAUAAACUUGACAUGGACUAAGAGUAGAUCUUAUUUCCACUGUGUGUUAUCCCGCUUUCUUUCCCUUGUCAUUGAGGAGGAGCAGAUUCAGCAUAAGGAAGAGGAAAUAGGACCACACGAAAAUCUCAGCCACAGUUGCGCUGACGGCUUUAGUUAUGUCGUUGAGCUGGCUUGCAAAGUCCAAAGCCCGAAGGGUUCGAUCAAAGCCCAAGCUUCGAUGAGGCGUCCCCGACGGGCGCAGGGGAAUAGCCAAACAAAGGAUGGACACGUUUGA